AUGGCGAGUUAUUUUGAUAUGAACGAAUUCAGCGUAGAACAGCUUAUGGCUCUCAAUAGUAUCAUAGAUAGUGACGAUGAUAUAGAUAUAAGGGUGGAGGACAUCAUGGCUGAUAGAAACUACAGGAUUGCACCUGAUGAUAAGGGCAAAAGUCCCUUUGAAGGAGAAAGACAAUUCGUAGAUGAAGUUGGCCGUGAUAUGGAGGUAAAGAAACCUAGACGCCUUCCUUUGAACUAUAAGGGAAGAAGAGGAAUUAUGCCUACAUGGAAAUACUCUGACAGGCAAAAGGCAAAGGCCUUACUUGUAGAGGAGGCGUACCAAAAUCUACUAGCAAGAGGCGUUCAGGGAUUACCACCAACGAUGGGAGGAAGAUGGCGCACAGAUGAUCCCCAAGUAAACGAGGAAAUCAAGAGGAUUGAAAAUGAAAGGAAUCCUAAGACAAAUCGCCCCAAAAGUAGACCACCAAAGGCAAAAACUGACUCUGAAGUUAAGGUUCCUAAGAAGAGAGGUAGACCACCAAAGGCAAAGUCUGAUGUCGAAGUGAAGAUUCCUAAAAAGAGAGGUAGACCACCAAAGGUAAAAACUGACUCUGAAGUUAAGGUUGCUAAAAGGAGAGGUAGACCACCAAAGGCAAAGUCUGAUGCUAAGGUCAAAAGGCAAACUGUAGCUGAAAGAUUCCUGAGCCAAAGGAAGGUAAAACUCUCAGUGCCUUCAGAUAGUGUCAUAACCCCAACAGGUCCAGGUAAGUUCACAAUUCACGUGGAUCUUAAUAAGAGACCUGUGAGGAAAGCUAUAUUUUUGGAAACUGAUGAGUUACAGAUAAGCAACCCAAAUUCGUUCCCCAAGCUCCAUGGAAACCUGUACCUAAGCCUAGAACGGUACUUCCUAGGGAAAGACCUGUGCCGAAACCCAGGACUAAGCUUCCUAGGGAAAGACCUGUACCAAAACCUAGGACUAGGAAACCAGUGUCUCCUCCUAAGGUCCGUAAGCCUGUAAGAGUGUCGAGGGAAGUCAAGGAGCAGCCUUUUGUGGUUACACCAGAGGAGCGUGGGGUCGAUCCAUUCGGAACAGACCUUGAAAAGCCAUUCCACAGGAAAAUUGAAACAGCCGCAAAUGGAGCCGCUGUGACUUACUCGAUAACUCCUCAUUAUAUGGACCCUCUGGACCAGAUGACUGCAAGCAGACAGGUAGUGAGAGGAAUACUUGUAAACGAGUUAAAGAGAAUGGGUGGGUUGAAGUACACAGAGACCCUGAAGGUGAGAAUGUCAAAGGAAAUUGGUGACGGGAAAACCAAGAAGGACUCAGUCUACUUCAAAUCUAAAACUGGUACUGCGACUAACUUCGAGGAUAUUGAAAGUACUGCUGCUCAAAACCAACUGACAAUAUUGUCCAGAAUUGAAACCUUCCAAAACUAA